AUGAAGUUCACCACCGGUUUCUUCACUCUCGCCCUGGCUUACAGCGCCUUUGCUGAGCCCAUCCCCAAGGCGAAGCGCGCGCUAUCCGACUACACCGGUGUCUUCGACGCUAUCGGCGCCCAAGUCGCCACUGUUUCAUCCACCGUGGCCUCCUACGUGGCGGGCUCGACCUCCGGUUCGGCCGUGCAAGAUGCGUCAACCGAGCUUGUGACGAUUAUCAACGACGGCGCGGCCAGCGUCGCCGGUUUUGACUCUCUGACUUCCCUCGAGGCCCUUCAACUAGUCGCUCCCAUCCAGGAUCUGACGGGCGACAUCAGCGACCUUAUUGAUGCUGUGAUCGCGGCUGAGCCCAACUUCGUGGCAGAUGGUCUUGAUGGCGAUGUUCUUACCUCGCUUCAGGAUCAGAAGGCGGCCGCUGAGGGUCUGCGGGAUGCGAUCACGCCCAAGGUUCCGGCCGCUUUGGAGGAUAUCGCCAAUGAAUUGUCCGAGGGGAUUGUCGCUGAGAUUGACCGGGGCAUUGCGGCUUACUCUGACUAA